CUUGCCUUCUCUAUCCGUAGGGUAAGGUAGUUUAUAAGUUUAUAUCGUUUCUCCAACUAAGAGAUAAACACAGCAGAAUUGUCACCAGGCAGCACUAUACUUUCCGGGCUAUAAGACGUACCAAAAUCCUUCCUACUGUUGCUUUCAUGUGACUUUCCUUUGCAAACAAUCUAGUCAAGUCCUUCUCUGUCUUGCAACCCCCUUUCAACUCGCUCUUUCCCUCGAGUACCUUUGUCUUACGAAGCUGGGGCCUUUCAUCAUUGAGCGUAUGGUAUGGUACGACAAUAUACCCAAUAUCAAUCCAGCAAGCACAAGUCAAGAUCAUGGAUAAUACGGGGGAGGCUGAGAAGGCUGAUGCUCCUUCGUCUCUGAAGCGCAUUCCAAAGCCAAUCAAGAAGAAAAAGUCAUUCCUCCAAGCUGUGACACAGAAUUGGUUCGACGUACGAGGGCGAGGCAAGUCUCCCGAGCUAAACCCAAUCCCCAGACUCGGUUUGCAAAAUGUUCCUCCCUGGGAUCGGGUCAUCGAUGUCGUAUACCACCAACACCGUCGCGGCCAAGUGGGCGGCCCCGACAACGACGACCUCUUCCAGCUCUGUCUCCCAUCGUUUCUGGCCCGGUUCCAGAGAGGCGAGGAGACAUACCCCAGGAUAGGCUACAUGGGACUGCCUGACAGGGUGCGAUUUCUGGUGUGUAAGCACCUGGUGGCCAUCCAUGCCAGCGAGAACACCAAGCCCAUCUGCCUGACGAGCCGGCCAACAUGGGUGGACGUAUGGGAGUCCGAGAACUUCAGCUCUCUGCAAGACCUGCUGCGGGCUUUGAAUCCCUUCAUGCGUGUCUCCUUUGGCUGCUUCGCUGAUACGAUGCUGGCCAUCCUCAUGACCCAGCGUUUCCACAUCAUCUACACGCCUUUUGUCAACCAUUACUUCAACCCGCUUGUUUUCCCCUGGUACCGUAAGUACGGCCGGUACAUGCGCAACAUGGUCCUCGAAAUCGAUCUCACGCGCUUGGGGUUCGGGCCUAGCCGCCAGGCCCUUAAGCUCAUCUCCGGCACCGUCAACAUCGACGUCCUGCUUCGAAUGUUCGUUGAGGUGCAGCUGGACCGACCGGCUGGCACCAUUAGCAGCCUCGUGAUUCUGUGCCGCCGCUUUUACGGCUGCAGACCUCAAUCCCAGUUGUGUGAGACCAAGAACAAAGCUGAGCCCGAAACCGAGCUCAAGGUCCCAUACUGCCCAGAUAGUGCUCUGCGGGUCUGUGACCCCAUCAUGCAGCUCCGUGGCCUGGUCGAAUCGAUCCGCAUCUGUGGCUUCAGCGAGGCAUACACAAAGACGCUCAUCCAGGGACUCUUUACAUUACCUGAGGACCGAGACAUGCUGAAGCAUCACACGUACCGAAUUGCCCCUUCGACACUGUGGCCUCGGAUCCCCGGUCAAAGUUCGCUCAUCGACUGCAGCCAGGGGCAAAUCGCGCUGGAUGACCACAACCGACCCGUCCCAGAGGAUUGGGACGACUGGAGUCAAGGGGCCGUCCUACCACCAGCGCCUUACGUGACCACCACAGGAGAGACAUUCGUGGCCAGGCCCAGAGCCUCUGCUUCGACUUCGAGCAGCGAAACCCGGAAGGGAAGCCCGCGUUGUUCCACGACGACGAUGGUGCGGCAGAGUACUCGCAAGACGUCGACUACGACGAGUGCGGAGAAUAGAGACAACGUUAAAAGUAGACUCGGCGCACUGAAGGAAAAGUUCACACGCAAGAGACUUGCGAAGGGGAAGAAGACGGCAACGGGACAUACGACAUGGUUGGAGAAGGAGGAGGAGCCCUGCACCAAAACCAAGGUAUCCGUGUGGGAUUCCUCCGAUGCGGAGUCCCAUACCACAUUCGGGGGCAACGAAAAGACGUCUCGGCAUACGUUUGGGCGAGACCAGUCCAGACCGAACCUGGAGGCGGAGGAACCGGCCGAGACGAAGGCCAAAAGAGAAACCGGACUAAAGCCCAAGAGAUCCAGGACUGAACUAACCGAGAAAAAACCAAAGGUGGCGUUGAGGAACGUGGCUUCUAUGAAGGAGCUGAGACGAGGGGAGUCAAAAGCCGACCUCAGAAGAAAACAAUCUCGGCUGGAGCUCGGCCAGAGGCAACCGAGAUUCACAUUACGAGGAAUUGUAUCCCGGCUGGAUCUUAGAAGUUCGACGCGACGAAAGUCGGACGAGGUGCGAGGGGAUGGAAAAUGAGGAAGCGAAUCUCGAGGACAUGCUGGAGUUGCCUCCCGUUGCCUCGGGUUGAAGGUGGAAAGGUCCAGCUGUGUCUAGGAGCUUCAGGAAGUCGCUGGAGGAGAUGAUGAGUAAUUCAGGAGCCGUACCAUCUUGCCCCACAUUUUGUAGCUUCAGAUCACAGUAUAAAAGGUACAGUGAACGCGCA